UCCAUGGCUCGUGACACGUGGGAAGCUUGGAUGGCAGGAGCACGAGGACCACGUCCCACGACGUAGUGUUGCCACGUCGUCACGCGAGCGCAGACCAAAGCAUCGAAUGGAUAUAACGAACGAACGAACGACUGCCGCGAAGAAAGAUUACCAAGCUCUCGCGAUGGAGGUAGCGCCCGCGGCAACUACAAGGGUGCCCCUCCCUCUCCCCGCCGCCGGGAAGCGCCUCCUCCUCGCCCUGGCGCCCCGCGGCGGGUUCGCCUCCAUCUCCGUGGCGUCCUCGUUCGGCGGAGGAGGAGGCGGCGGCGGGGGCCGCUUCUCUGCAGGCGGCGGCGGGGGAGGCGGGGACGACUCCGGUGCCGGCGCUGCAGCGGCCGCCGCCACGGCUGCGGCGGCUCUGGGUGAGGCCGAGCCGGCGGGGGCGGACAGCGACCCCGACGCCAUCGUGCUCCAUGUGGAGGGGAUGUCGUGCGAUGGAUGCGCUGCCAAAGUCAAACGGAUUCUGGAGAGCCAGCCUGAGGUUACUGCAGCCAUGGUUCACUUCGAAAAGGCGAUUGCACUUGUGUGGACAGCACCUGAAGCAAAGGCAACGGAAGAUUGGCAGAAGCAACUGGGUGAGAAACUUGCAAAUCACCUGACCUCCUGCGGAUUUCAAUCUCAUCUGCAAGAUGAAGGAGAAGCCACAAAAGCUGAUUCUUCUCCACAACAAUGAGUCAAUGAUUGCCCCUGAAGUUUUACCAUCAGAGGGUCCUUGAAUGAAGAGUUAGGACAGCUCCUACUAUUGUCGAAGUUGUAUAUGCGGCUCUACAAAAUACAUUUUGAUUGAGAGUUAUGUAGUUCUGAAUUAUAUCAUUAUGCAUGUACUCGCUGUAAAAGCUACCAGAGGAUUCCUCGAUCCUGAAAUAGAGGCAUUUCAUAUUUGAAAUA